AUGGAAACAGAUCGGUUGAGAAAAUCUAUCAAAAUUGAAUUUGAACAUAAAUUCAUGAAAUAAAAGACUGAACUAUUAGAUAUUUUAGAUAAAAAGCUGUCAUCUAUCAAAGAGGAAUUGGCUAUGCAAAUUUAAGAAGAAAACAAAAAUAUCAUUUAGUAAAAUAUUAAACUAUUAUCAUUGGAAAAAAAAAAUAAUGAAAAAUAUGAUAUAAUGGUUGAUUAAGAAUUACUAUUAAGACAUUAAGCCUUAUUAAUUGAGUAAUCAUCUUAAUUUGAUGUCUCAAAACAAUAUAAUGUAAUUCAACAAAUUGUUGAGAAAGACCAAAGUGAUAUGGAUAUGUCAGAAUUAAAGUUUUAGAUAGAAGAAUUAAAGACAAGAAAUUUAAAGUUAUCUCUUAAGUUCUCUAAAUUGCUUUCCUACUUUGUUGAUUUAUAAUUAUAUGACAAUGAAUUUGCAAAAUAAGCAGUGUCUGAGGAUUUUCCUUUUGAUGAACUUUACAAGCCUUAACUAUUAUAAAUUCAUCAAGAAAUCGAAUAUUUAAAAAUAAAUCACUAAAAAUAUUAAUCAAUCAUUCAAGAAAAAGUAUCAAUUUUACAUAUCAUUUGGAAGAGCAAUUAAAGAAAUAAAAGAUAGAGAUAGAAUUGUUAUUACAAUAAAAUAAGAAAUUAAAGAAAUAGUUGUUCUUCCAAGAUUUAAGCACAGACAUAAAAAGUGAUCAACAACAAAAAAAACUAUCUUCACAUUGGGAGAACAAACCGAAGAUUUAAAAAAUUUAGAAAAAAAUUUCCAACUGUUACAAGUAGAAUUCUUUAAUAUUAAUCUAGCAUCCUUAACCUAAAUGCAAGACUUUAAAUGA